AUGUCUACAAAUGAAAAUGUAACGGUGUGGCAGACAAGCAAUAUGCCGCUAUUCUCUCCUCAAAUAGAAACGUGGUCAAUCUGGAAGGAGAAACUGGAAAUUCACAUGUGCGAAAUAAAUUGUGAAGACGACAAUAAAAAAAAAGCUAUUCUAUUGAAAGCGAUCGGUGCUGAGCCGUACAGCAUUUUACAUAGUUUGUGCAGUCCGAUUUCACCAAUUGAAAAAAGUUACAAAGAGCUUUGUGAAAUUCUUAAGAGUCAUUACACCUCACCAACUAUUAUAUUUCAAGAACGAAAAAAGUUCCAUGAAGCUUUCAAACAUGAGAGAGAAUCUGUAUCAGAGUGGUUUGCUCGUGUAAAAAAACUUGCUUUGGAUUGUAAGUUUGAAGAGCAUUUAAAUGCAUUUAUUUUGGAUCGAUUUGUAGUAGGCUUGCCUAAAAUUCUUUUUGAAAGAUUAUGCGAAGAAGAUGAAAAACUUUCGCUAACAGAUGCUAUUCAAAGUGAUUCUUCAAGUGGAAUAUUUGAGAUCGUCAUAAACAUAAAUGAUACUCCUAUUAAAAUGAUUUGUGACACAGGAGCUCCGUGCAGUUUGGUACCAGCAUCACUUCUGCGAAAAAUUAACAACAAAAUACAUUUAAACUCAUGUGAGUCAAAAUUUUUUAGUUACUGUGGGAAAGAAAUUAAAGUGUUAGGAAUUUUCAAAGCAAAUGUCAUGUAUAAGGAAGUUAUAAAAAGUAUGAAUAUAGUAGUUACAAAUUUAAAUAGUGCACCAUUACUUGAUUAUUCUGUAAUUAUAGAGGAAAUUAAAAAUGAAUUUUGUGAAAUCUUUGAUAUGAAAUUAGGUAAAUACAAUAUAAGUAAAAUAUCUCUCCCUAUUGCGGAAAAUAUCAAACCUAUUUUUAUAAAACCAAGACCUGUUCCUUUAGCUUGGAAGGAUAAAAUUGAAAGAAAUUUAAAAGAACUCAUUGAAAAUGAUGUGUUAGAACCUGUAAAUAGUUCAGACUGGGGUACACCAUUAGUUCCUGUUUUAAAACCAAAUGGUGAACUUCGAAUAUGUGGAGAUUAUAAAGUGACGAUAAAUAAGCACUUAUUGGAUUUUAAGUAUCCUUUACCACGUAUUGACGAAAUUUUUGCUUCUUUGCAAGGUGGUGAAAUAUUUACAAAAUUAGAUCUAUCUUGUGCAUAUAAUCAGUUAGUUUUAGAUGAGAAAUCUCAACAUUUAUGCACAUGGUCAACCCAUAUUGGUACAUUAAAAAUGAAAAGGUUGCCUUUUGGAGUGAAACCAGCAGCUGCGAUUUUUCAAAAAACUAUUGAAAACUUGUUAUGUGGUAUUCCUUUUGUAGUUGUGUACCAGGAUGACAUAACCGUUUCUGGUAAAAGAAUGUCCGAACAUGUAAGAACUUUGAAAUUAGUAUUGAGUAAAUUAAAAAAUGCAGGAUUAAAACUGAAUUCUUCAAAGUGCGUAUUUUUUCAAUCAAAAAUUUCAUAUUUAGGAUUCACUAUUGAUAGAUAUGGUUUAACCAAAAAUAAAGAGAGAGUUGAAUCCGUAUUGAAUGCACCGGUUCCUAGUAAUGUUAGUGAAUUACAAGCAUUCAUUGGAAUGGUUAAUUAUUAUUCAAAAUUUAUAAAUAAAUUUGCGAAUAUAAUGAUACCGCUAUAUAAUUUAUUAAAAAAAAAUGUUAAAUUCACUUGGUCUGAAGAUUGUCAGAAAGCUUAUGACAUUAUUAAACAAAAUAUUGUGUCUGAUCAAAUUUUAGUGCACUUCAAUCCGAGCUUGCCUAUUGUAUUGACAACAGAUGCGUCUAACAAUGCAGUAGCAGGUAUUCUAUCACAUAGGUUUGCAAGUAGUGAACUCAAACCAAUUGCUUUUAUUUCGAGGGCACUAACUAAAUCAGAGAGAAACUAUAGUACUCUUGAAAAAGAGGCAUUAGCUAUAAUUUUUUCAGUUAAUAAAUUAAAACAAUAUCUUCUUGGUAAUCAGUUCGUAAUAAGAACUGACCACAAACCGCUGUUAUCAAUAUUCAGUGAAAACAAAGGGUUACCUUUGAUGGCCGCUGCAAGAAUGCAGAGAUGGGCAUUACUCUUAUCUGGUUUCAAUUACAAAAUUGAAUUUAUUAAAGGCAGCAUAAAUGAUGCUGAUAACCUAUCGCGAAUUCCUCAAUUGGAAUAUAAUGACAUUCAUGAUGAAAAAAGUUUUAUCCAUUUAAUUUCGAAGGAUAAUAAUUUAAAUUUAGAUUUCAAUGAUAUAGCUCGUGAGACAAGGCGCGACCCAAUUUUGGCUAAGAUCUGUGAUGUUGUUAAAUUAGGAACAAUUAAAGAUCUUAAAGGUCACGAUUUUAAACCGUAUUGUAUUAAGGAAAAUGAAUUGACUGUUGAUCAGGGAUGUUUGUUAUGGGGAUACAGAGUAGUAAUACCUCAUAAACUCAGAAAAAUUGUUCUCCAACAACUACAUGAAUCACAUUUUGGAGUGGUUAAAACAAAAAGUAUAGCGAGAUCUUAUGUAUGGUGGCCAAACUUGGACAUAGAUAUUGAAAACUUAGUAAAAAAUUGUAUUCCAUGUCAGGAACUUCUACCUAAUCCACAAAAAAGUCCAUUGAUACCGUGGAUUCCUACUGAAGCAGUAUGGAGUAGAAUUCACAUAGAUUUUGCUGGGCCUAUAAAAGGUUACUUUCUGUUAGUUUGCAUAGACUCUCACUCGAAAUGGGUGGAAAUUUUUAAAACUAAAUGUAUUACUUCAAACUUCGUAAUAUCAAAAUUACGUGAAAUGUUUUGUCGCUUUGGUUUGGUAAAAACUAUAGUAAGUGAUAACGGAAGACAAUUUGUUUCUGAUGAAUUCAAGUAUUUUCUUAAAAUUAAUAAAAUUCAACAUAUAUUAACAGCACCUGGUCAUCCAUCAACAAAUGGACAAGUUGAAAACUUAGUCAAAGUGUUAAAAAAAUCUUUAUUUGCGAAUUUAAGAUAUGAAAAUGAAGCAGGCAUUGAUAUAGCUUUGAAUAGAUUUCUUAUAGAUUAUAGGAAUACAAAACAUUGCACCACUCAGGAAUCUCCUGCGAAACUUUUUUUAGGUAGAUCGUUAAGAACAAGAUUUGACUUAAUGAAACCACCAUUAAUAAUUGAAAAAAUUUUAAGAACACAGGAAAACAGCAUUAGAAACUAUAAAGGUAAAAGAGUUACAACAUUUAAAGUAGGUCAACGAGUUUUUAUUCGUGAUUAUAGAAAUCCAAAUAAACCUAGUUGGUCUCCUGCUAAAAUUAUUGAUCAAUUUGGUCCACGUACCUAUCAAUGCGAAUUAUCACAUAGUAAUAGGGUGAUAAAAAGGCACGCUGAUCAAAUAAGAUCUGGAUCUGAAGAUAAAAAUCAGCAGAGUGAUGUAGACGCUGAGCUGUCGGAGGUGCCUGCAGCACAAGUUGAAAAUAAAAAUAUAACCGACAAUAAUACUGUCGAGACUGAUCUUGCAGAAUGUAUUGAGAGAAAUGUAAAUGACAACAAUAUACCUCUUGAAGAUUUACACCAAUGUUAUACAAAUUUAAGUAGUAAUGACGGUCAAGUAAAUACUAGACACCUAAGGCCGAGAAUACAAGGAAAGGUUGUUAAAAAAUAA